GAUGUUUACUUGCAAAUAGAAAGUCCACAUUUUAUCACAUGACAGUAAUCAAUAAAACUAAAUUUAGAUAUUCUAAAUUUAAAUAUGGAAAUACCCUAUAGCAGAUAUGUACAGCAGAAUUAAUGGCUAAUAGAAAAUAAGUGACACUCUAUUUUUAUAUCUCAACAUACCGAAGAUAACCCUACUUAUUAGGAAAUUUCCUGUAUAUAAGUAUGGCAUCCAUUGGAAGUCGGGAAGUACAAGAGAACAUUGUAGGCCCAUUGAUGGAUAUGAUGGGUCAACUUUCGACGGAGAUGCGGAAGAAUUUAACUCAAGAGGUUUCAAGUAUUGGAAGAAAGGUCGAUGCAUUAUCUGAAAAAGUCGAUAACUUGAUACUUAUGGUGGAGAAGAAUACAGGUAAUAACAUGUUUGUAUCUGAAAGGCCUGCUUUAAAAUAUCAAACUCUUCCACCAACGUAUCGUAGAGAGAAUGAAAGAUUUUAUUCUAGAAAUGACGGCAACAAUUACAUGUAUUCACCUGACAAUAACAGUCAUGACAAAGAAAUAGAUCGAAACGAAAGAGUUUCGGAUGAAAGUCGUGUACCAAAAAGAAAAACACAACAUAAGGAAACUGAAAUGAAAUAUCCAGCAAACCAGGAACAGUCUGAUUUUAGUACGAGGAAUGAUACAGAGGAUGAAACUAAUGAAUCAGUUCGGAAAGGAAGUAAAGAUCCAAUCUUAAAUGAAGGAUAUAAUAGUACAGAGAAUACUCUGCCUUACAACCAGUCUUCUGAGGAACAGGAACUUUCACCUUAUUUAAAAACCAAUGGUUACACAGACGAAAUCGCAAAGGAAGAUGAAGCCAAGUCGCCUGAAGCAAGUGACGAUGAAUUUGAUGAAGAAAGUAACUUGCAAACAGAUCUUAAGAUAAAGUCAGUUCAAAACUCAAAUGAUAAAGCCAAUACCGACGUAAUUCAGACACAUAAAAAUACAGAGGCUGAAAUCAUUCUAAAUGAUGAACGUGAAUGUGGAAAUGGUAUAAACUCUAUGGAAACAAAUUCACCAGCGCAGUCUUUUUCCGGUCGAAUGGAAGGCAGAACAAAACAUCGUUCAUUUAAUUUUGGAAUGAAAGAAGCACCUAUGCGCCCGAAAAGCCCAAUUCCUACAUCUGCUACUAAAGUCAAUGUACCAUAUGCGAAUUUCAAGAAAUCUAAAACAGAAUUUUGCCAGGACAACAGAACAAUGUAUCUGAAGGACGCAUUAAACAUCACGGAAAAUGGUACAGAUCACAGCACAUCGUCAACGAAAGACACGGUCGAGGUUGAUCCUGUUAUCAACAAAAAAGUUGUUCAGUCUGCAAUUGUUAAUGAACCGGCUAAAGUUGCUAAAACUGUUUCCAAGAAUAAUGCAGCUCUUCCUGGGAGCAAUACGGCUGAUGGAAGAGGGAGUGGUUUGGUAACAGCAAGCAACAAUCACCAGCUACCGGCUUCAGGUUUUAACAAUGAGCACGGCGAUGACGACAACAGGUUCAAUGCCGCUGCCCAUGAAGAUAUGCUGCCUAUGGUACGGCGAGCAUGUGAUUUAUCAAAUCUGAAGCUGGUGAAGAACGGACCAAGACAUUCAGGGGCUAGAGGUGAUGACACAUCCCGCCGGGACAUACCGAGAAAGAGUGGUGCAGACGCAAAAGAGAAAACAAGUCGCCAGGAACUGACGCAAUCAGGGCCUGAGCUUGUGCCUGACGAAGUUUUGUAUUCGCUAAUUGAAAAGGAAAGACUAUCAGCUAAUGAAUGCUCCGAUAUGAAAUCAACUGGCAUCGACACUGUAAUUUGUUUGGACACUUCUUCUAGUAUGGCUGGCAAACCACUUACAACAGCAAUUGAUUGUAUUGGAAAAAUACUAGAUGGUUUCGAAACAAAUGCCAUCUACCAUAAUUUGGAAGAAAAUGUUGCCAUAGUAACGUUUGGAAACGAAAAUAGAAUACGUCAUCAUUUAACGAAUGACUAUGGUUUGAUAAGAGAAGGACUUGAUGAUAUAAAGGCGGGAGGGCCUUCACCGCUUUGGCUUGGACUUGCACUAUCUCUGGCUGAAAUUAAGGAAAGGGGUGGCGCUUGUAUAAUGGAACCGAUGUCGGUACUUCCAAGAAUUAUUCUGAUCACGGAUGGAUAUGCCUCACGAAAAAAUCUUCUAAAUGGUGACGAUAAUGGUGCAGUUGAUGAGCAGGUAAUUGGGGAAAUGUUCUCUUUGAUGAAUACCUGCCCGUCAUUUACAAGUUACUUGGAAUGUAUUAUACCCGGGAAAUGUCAUGAGGAAUUUCUGAAGGGGCUUACUAAUGGACGCAUGUACACGGCGGAUAAUACAGAGUCCAUUACAGAUUUUUUCAAAAUUCAAGAGAAAGCCAAUACAAUUAUAAAGCAAGUAAACAGUGCUGAGAUGGACCGAGCUAAAAUAGAUGAGGCUAUAGAAAACAGCAAGUUGAACGAUAAAGGAAAGGAGGAUCUAAGACUAAUUAUAUCAGCUAGUUUACCGGCUAAUGAUCAACAGCCUGCAAAAAAAGAUGAAACCAGUAAAGUCGGUCAGGAAACGCCUACUGCCACAGACAAGAGUGAACAUGUACCUAUAACAGACCGUGAUGGACAACCGGAUUCUGUACCACCCGAAUCAAUUGAUAUGUCAGACGAUGUUAAAUCGCCUUCGUUCGGUUCUGCAGUCGUAUCGAAUCCUGAAUGGAUUGGCCAUGCUACCAGACAAAAUUUUACUGGCACGGUUGUUGGUCCCCGAAGGAAAGGUUUGUUGAAAGUUUUAUGGUCAGAUGGUUCAAUCGAAAGAUGCAAGUUUGGAAUAAACGGUCAGUAUGACGUUCUCAUGUCCAAGGACCAAAGUAUUGACAGCAGUGAGCUAAAAAUUGGAUCUAUUGUUGUCAGAGGUAAAGAUUGGCGAUGGAAGGACCAAGAUGGGGGAGAAGGAAAUGUUGGCGUUGUGACGAAAAUAGAUGGCCCCGUAGUCCAUGUUAUCUGGUCGCAUGGCGGUCUAGGAAAUUACCGGUAUGGCUAUAACAAAAAGUUUGACCUAACACUAUGCACAUCCCGCAGUGGGAUGCAUUUUGCCUGGUAUAUAUCGGAAGCGGAAGACGGUGAACAGUGGAAAAGAUUACCUAAAACUGUCAAUGACAGCAUUGAAGAGAUGUAUAAGUCAAAACAUACUGGAACGUUCCUUGUAAAAAUGGAUACGCAGUCGUUAAGAAUUUCUAUUCAGAACCUACAAGCUAGGGAUACUAAUACACAGACAGCGUAUAACUUGGAGAGGAGAGAAAUUUCAAAUGAAGAAUGGUUGGCAGUGAACAAUGAACAAUAGUGCAUGUUCGAUCAUCGAAACUGAAUGCAGUUACAAAACAUGCAUAUAUAUCAUUCAAGAAAGAAUUUAUUUGCUUUCUUAUAACGUUUAUGAUUU